AUGGAUGAAAGCAAGCAUAGCCCCAACACUAAGGUUCUACCUUUGAGGCAAGGGAAUCAAUCGUAUCAGGUGGUCCCCACGCGGGGAGCUCUUGGGCUUUUUCCGCUCGACCGCACAAAUAGCCUUCAGAUUGUGGGAAUUGACUUGCUCGCGGAGUGGGAGGCUCCAACCAAGGUGACAGAGUUGAGAUUUUUCCUUGGGUUGGCAAACUACUGUAGACGCUUUAUCGAAGGUUACUCUAGAAUUACCGCACUCUUGACGGACAUGUUGAAAAAGGGUAAGGUAUGGGAUUGGAACCCACAGUGUGAGAGGGCCUUCAAUCAAUUGAAGUAA